CGGCCAUAUAUCUGGACAGAUUCAGACCAGCCAUCUAGUGUGCUGCUGUCCUCCGAAGAGCUUCUCCGCUGUCAGAUUCAGUUCUGGUGGACACGUCGUCAUCAUGAUGCUCAGAAUUGUGUUUGGAGUCAUUGCAGCGAUUGGAUUCCUCACGCUCAGUGAAGCCCUGACGUGUAAUUCCUGUAAAGUGGGCGUUCUAGGAAAAUGUUUAUUCAGUUCCCAAGUGUCCUGCGCUGCCUCUGAGACCAAGUGCUACAGCGCCAAAGCAGAGUUCAAUGUGACCGGGUUUCUGAGUCUGUCCUCCAGUGGUUGUACAUCUGAUUGCAACAACACCGCUGGAAGCAUCCUGGGAGCGGGAUACACCGUGACCAAAACCUGCUGCGCUGUAAAUCUGUGCAACGGAGCGAGUGCAGCGCAGCUGUCCAUGGCUGGGGCUCUCAGCGCCGCUCUGCUGGCCUCCGUCUGGAGCAGCUCCAUGCUGUAGAUGUAACACCUGCUUGUCUGUGCUAUGCUGUGUUCACAGUAACACCUUGAACCGGAAUCAGUGAAGAUAUAAUCUCUAGAAUGUAUAAAUCCCAUAACUUUAAUUGUUUACUCCACUGAGUUUAUCUGCCUCGUUGCAAAUAUGCAGUGAUAAAGUUUUUAUUUUUAUUUUUUUAUAAACAUUUACUUAAAAUGUAAAACAUAUUUAAAAUUUCAAAACUUUUGCUGAGGUUUUUUCUUUUUCUUUUAUAAAACCGACAUUUGGAUUCACACUGUGGAAUAAGGUGAUGAUAUAUUUGAGAUGGAACUGAAUCAAUUUCACAGCAGUGACUCCGGGUUAGGUACUGUACUUGCUUUGGAUUGUUUUAUAUCUUUUAGUAAAUGAUGACAAGAGUUGUAAUUUUUGGAUGAGCUAUCCCUUGACUUCAUAUAUAUUCUAGCAUCGUAUUAUUAGACUAGACUAAUAAAUAUGACCUGAAAAAAACCCUGUUAUUUCAGUUAUGUUUUUGUUAGUAUUAACUACUGCUGUCCAACGAUUAAUCGUGAUUAAUCACAUCCAAAAUAAAAGUUUUUGUUUACAUAAUAAAUGUAUGUGUACUG